AUGCCUCUCAACACGGCGCCAAUACUAGCAACGACAGUGUACACCGGUAACUGGAAACGUGAAUGGGAAUACGAAGAUCUGCAGCAGGAACUUAAAGAGGUCACGAAACGGAAUCUCGACAUUCACCACUACAAGAACAAGCCACUUUCAAAUUCACAGGACUUCCUCAGCGAGGCUGGCACUGCCCUAUCGCAGCUGGCAUGGGACGACACCGAGCACCCAUCCAAGUCCGAGCCCUAUCACGCUGAAUUCCUGUCUCAUCUAGCCCCCCAACAGCUGUCAACAGCUUCGGGGAGCUCGGGGUAUACAUGUCCCAGGCAAAAUCUGAAAUAUGGCAUCACUAUCGUGCCGGCCGGUGAUGAAUCGCUCCUGUUCAUGGGCUAUGGAGACCACGCAGAUAUGCCCUCCGAAUUCAGGGCGGAAAUACACGCCAAAAGCAAAGUGGUGCGGAAGCAGGUGUUUGACGAAGAAAUGAAGAUGUGUGGGAGCUAUGUACCUCGUGUGGGCCGGGGCAUUGAGGAUUUUAGGCUGCCCCCUAUGGAUGUGCUGGAGAAGUUGUUUUACGCCGAAAGAGUUCGACAAAGGAGGGCUAGAUAUCGAGAACUUCAUGGCACGAGACGCUCAAGCGACAUUGGAUCGCAGCCAUCAGGUGACGCUUGUGCUGAGCACUUUCUGGAUGAGUAUUCUCUCACGCUGUACAUCCAUGCGGACGAAACCCCAUCACCGCCGAGCGCAGAAAUUGCUGAUGGCUUGCGACGGUUGUUUACGCUGCAGCCACAACAAGAGGAAUCAGGAGAUACACAGGGGCAGGAGCUGUACCAUCCCGAUAAGCUGUCAGAACUUGCGCAAUUUCUUUGGCAACUGGCCGACGGCAACGUACGGGUAAAUCCUGGACUUGACGACGCAAUAUGGACCAAGUUGAGAGAACUGCUGCCCUCCAAUUCUUCGGAAGCAGAGGAGGACAGGCCUGCAGAUGACAAAAAAAUAAAGUCAUUUGAUGGCCACAGACUUGACAGCUGA